AUGGCAACUAAGCAGCUCCAGUCUGCGCCUACGCCUGCGAGGCCGAAGAGUGCUAAUGGGAUCAUUAAUGGAACAAGAGCCGGCACAGGAGACUCUCGGGUCGUGGUUAUUGUGUAUGGGCAGGGACAAGAGAAGAUUGUGGCCGUCUUUGCAGACGUGCUUGGGCAACCAUACCGACUGGCUCCGGACUUUUCAGCAGUCGCAGAUGAGGACCAUGGGACCCUGAUAGGGAUAGCUGCCAGUGAUGCGAAGGUUGAUAUUUUGUCCAGGGACAAGCUCCUCAUGGUCGCCAUUAACGCCCACUGUGUGGGCUUGGGAAUGCCUCCGGAUGUCCAACUAUCUACUUCUUGUGACUAUGAAUUCUUAUAUACCGAAACACCAUUUUUCCGGAGGGAUCUAUCCCGAUUUAUUGCGUUUACACUUGGACAAAUUACACACCACGAGGCAUUGAUCACGAAGCCACGGACAUAUUUCAUAUCUACGACCUUCCCCGAUGUCCGGACAGCGCUUUCGAAUUUGGAUAUCCUUUCUGUUGGCUCGGAUGCUGUGGAGUUGCGGGUGGACCUGUUGGAGGAGCCAUUGCCGGACGGGACAGUCAGUGCUGUUCCCAGUCUCAGCUAUGUAGGAGAGCAGGUCAUGCUCUUGCGGCAGAGGACCGAGCUCCCGAUCAUCUUCACGACGAGAUGUAAUCGUGAAAAUGGGCGGUUUCCGAUGGACGACCCCAAUCUGUUCUAUCAAUAUCUCUACCGAGCGAUACAAUGGGGCUGUGAGUAUGUUGACGUUGAAGUUUGGCUCCCAGAGGACAUUCGACGACGCCUGUUUGAGCAACGAGGAAGUAGCCGCAUCAUUUCUGCUUUUCAUGAUUUUUCGGGGGCAUUUAAGUGGCCUUCGCCGCAGGCACAAUCUAUUUUCUCCGAAUGUCGCAAGUACGGCGAUAUCGUCAAGAUGAUCACGGUGAUCAACUCCAUGUCCGAAAACUACGAACUAGAGUACUUCCGCUCGCAAAUCAAGGCAAACAACCCCGAUGGGCCACCAUUAUCAGCUGUCAACAUGGGGCAACUAGGCCAGCUUUCUCGAGCCCUGAAUACCGUAUUCUCUCCCAUCACACAUCCAUUACUGCCUAUAGUUGCAGCUCCUGGUCAAAUGUCUGCAGCAGAGAUAAACGGCGCACUGAGCACAAUGGGUCAACUCCCUAAGAAGAACAUUUACGCUAUUGGAUCCUUUAGGUCUACGCCCCAGGCGGCCUUUUUCGAAAAGUGCUUCAACGAGCUCGGUCUUCCACAUAACUUUAUAAGUGUGGAUCGAGGAUUGAAAGGAUCGGUUGAAGGCCUUUGCCUCCAACCCAGCUUCGGCGGUGCAUAUCUUAACCCCCCUCUACCCGCCACUCAGUCGUAUAUACCCAUGCUUUCAGAUGCAGCGAGGACCAUUGGGGCGAUUGAUACUAUCGUCGUGCGCGGAGAUGGGCCCUCGCCGUUAAUGGGCGACAAUGCAACAUGGAAAGGCAUCCGAGCUACUCUCACCCGGGAUUUUGCGCCGUCAGCUUAUAAAGACCGUGCAGCUAUCAUCAUCUCGAGCUCCAACGACGAUGCGGCGUCAGUGAUCUUCGCCUUAAGGAGUUUGAAUAUUGGGAAGAUCUAUACUGUUGGCUUCAAAGCCCAUGGACCUUUAGGAGCCGGGGUGGAGCCAUUUACAUCCAUCGAGAGUGUCCAGCGCGUUAAUCACCCUUUUGCCAUCAUUUCUGCUCUGUCGCCAGAAAAGUCGCAUCUUGUCCAGCCCCUCUUGAGACACUUUUCCUUCAAUAGCAGGAAGGCAGCGAACACCGGAGUUUCGGGGGUUGGGGGCAAAGGCAAAGUCUUCGUCGACUUAGCAAAUGGCGCGAGGAAAAGCGACCCCCUCGCGGUCGCAGAACAGUGUGGAUGGACGGCAUAUGGCGUAGCUGAUACAACUGCAUUUACGACGGUGGAAACAUUAAGGCUUCUUGUUGGGCAGAACGUGCCGUAUAGCUUUGUUAGAUUGGCCAGCGGGAGGGGACUUUAUUGA